AUGGCAGAGGAUAAGAGUCGGAAGCAGGCUACAUUGGGGUAUGUGCGCGAUUCCCAAAUGAACAUCGAGUGUGUGAACGAAACCACGCCAUGGGCUCUAGCGGAUGCUGAGACCUUGUCUGAUCUGAUUUUUGAGGAAUCAACUGACUGUAAUGUUUGCAUUGGCCAUUAUAGGAAGUUUUUUGGUUCGAAUGCCGGAGGCAAUCAAGCUCCCAAGAAGCAAACGACGCUCUCUUUUGGAGGUCGCAAACCUAAGCCUUCUGUCAAUCCUGAAGAAGGAAACGAUGAGAACACAGCACAACCUAUACCGAAAGCUGAGCCGGAUGAUGUCGAACCGAACAACAACCUCAAAAGAGAAAAUAACGAGGAAGCCGAGGACAGUGACGCAUCUGAUGUCCAGCCGGUAACGAAACGUCGGCGAAAGACUACACAAGCACGAUCUCCUUCUGUAAAGAGGACCUCGUCGUCUCCCCGCCAAUCGUCGGCAAAUUCUUCCGCCGAGAAUCUUGCUCCCGCCUCUCCAAGUUCAAUCAAAUCGGAAGCUACAUCUCCGACGCCUGCGGUUCAAAAAGCCUCCGGUGAAGAUAACGCGGAAUCACCAUCUGACUCGGACAUCAGCGAGGAGCUCGCAUCAGCAAGUGAAGCGGAGGAAGACUCCAAACCUAUCGUCAAAAAGGCCGUGGCAAAAGUGCAGGCCACUUUAAAGGCCACUGGCAAGGACCCAUACCCAGAUUGGAAAGCAGGGGAUCCAGUACCCUAUGCGGCUCUGUGUACCACUUUCUCAUUGGUGGAAAUGACGACGAAACGAUUGAUCAUUAUGGCUCAUUGCUCUCUUUUCCUGCAGCAGGUUCUGCGCUUAACCCCGAAUGACCUCCUUCCUACAAUUCAGCUUAUGAUCAACAAGCUCGCAGCUGACUAUGCGGGGAUUGAGCUUGGCAUCGGAGAGUCAUUGAUCAUGAAAGCUAUUGGCGAGAGCACGGGUCGCAGCCUGCAGGUAAUCAAGGCAGACCAGCAUGAGAUUGGUGAUCUGGGCCUUGUGGCAGCCAAAAGCCGUGGUAAUCAACCUACCAUGUUCAAGCCAAAGCCUUUGACAGUCAGGGGCGUUCAUGAAGGACUCCUCAGUAUUGCCAAAGUCCAAGGCCACGGGUCGCAGGACAAAAAGAUCUCUGGCAUCAAGAAAUUGUUGUCCGCAGCCGAUUCUGCCACCUCUGGCAAAGGCAGCAAAGGGGUGGAUAUCACCAAGGACAAGGGUGGCCCCAGCGAGGCAAAGUUCAUUGUUCGUUUCUUGGAAGGAAAGCUCCGACUUGGCCUCGCUGAAAGGACGGUCCUUGUCUCGUUGGCACAGGCUAUUGUCACCCACGAGGCAGCCGUUGCUGGUGAAAAGCCUCCGACUCCCGAGCGGGUGGCUGAGGGCGAGGCGGUUCUCAAGUCAGUCUACAGUGAGCUGCCGUCCUACGAAGUGAUCAUCCCGGCCAUGUUAGAGCACGGUCUCUUCAACCUCCCCAAGGUCUGCAAGCUUCAGCCUGGCGUUCCUCUGAAGCCUAUGCUCGCCAAGCCGACUAAAUCCAUUACUGAAGUUCUCGAUCGGUUUGAAGGGAAAGAGUUCACCUGUGAGUACAAGUAUGAUGGGGAACGCGCACAGAUCCAUUUUGUUGCGCCCGACCACGUGCACAAGUACCCAGGAUCGGCAGUCACGUUACAGAAGGAUCAGAAGGGUCUCAGUGCGAUCUUCUCGCGCAACUCCGAAGACCUGUCCAAAAAGUAUCCCGACGUUCUUGGCAAACUUGAUAAAUGGGUCAAAGAAGACGUUAAGAGCUUCGUUCUCGAUUGCGAGACUGUCGCUUGGGACACGGUCAGUAAGAAGGUUCUCCCAUUCCAGCAACUGAUGACACGCAAGCGCAAGGAUGUGAAGGCGGAAGACGUCAAGGUCAAAGUGUGUGUCUUUGCUUUUGACCUGCUAUUCUUCAACGGAGAGCCCUGCGUCAAGAGAUCGCUCCGUGAACGUCGAGAAAUCUUGCACCAGUCUUUCCAACCCAUCGAGGGCGAGUUCCAGUUUGCCCAAUUCGGGAAUACAAGUGUCAUCGACGAGAUCCAAGACUUGCUGGAUGAAAGUGUCAAAGCCUCUUGUGAAGGUCUGAUGGUUAAGAUGCUGGAUACUACUGAGAGUGGUUACGAGCCCAGCAAGCGCAGCCGCAACUGGCUCAAGGUCAAGAAAGACUACCUUGCCGGUGUGGGUGACUCUCUCGAUCUGGUUGUUCUGGGUGCUUACUACGGACGAGGCAAACGUACCUCCGUCUUUGGCGCUUUCCUGCUCGCUGCCUACAACCCCAACACCGAUACCUAUGAGACUAUUUGCAACAUCGGCACAGGCUUCUCCGAAGCUCGUCUGGAGGAGCUGCAUAAGGAGCUGACCACCUUGGUCAUUGACCGACCCAAGCCGUUCUACUCUCAUUCCAUUGUUCCCAAGGACCAACCCGACGUCUGGUUUGAGCCUCGUCUGGUCUGGGAGGUCAAGACCGCCGAUUUGACCCUCAGUCCUCGCUAUAAAGCUGCAGCGGAUGAAUUUGAGGGCACUGGCGGCGGCGGAAAGGGUAUCUCUCUUCGCUUCCCCCGCUUCAUCAAACCCCGCGAGGACAAGAAACCGGAACAGGCGACCACCACCCGUGCGGUGGCCGAGAUGUACCGGAAGCAAGAGGCGGUGGCGCAGGAGAACGCGGGCAAGCGCGGUGUAGAUGAUGAUUUUGAGUACUGA